GAAAUCAUCAUUUUCUCUAUUUUUCCUCUAUUAUCUUCAAAUCGCAUGUUCUUAGCGUUGACUUUUCUUUUGGGUCAUGAUCCAAAAUAACAUCAUUGUAACUUUUGCUUUUUCUUAAUCCUAGUUAUCCCACUAACCCACGUAAUCCAUAUUUCUUUUGGGGAUGGCCCCUUCAUCGUCUUCAGACGUCGAUUCCCUCCGCUCCUCAUCUCGACUCCCUACUAGUGCUCCCUCAUCACCUCCUCAGGCGGACGACUUAGAUAACGUAAAAAUGGGUGUCGCCUCAACCUUCACAGAGCAGCAGAUGCUCAAUGAAGAGAAGAAAGCUCGAGAUGAGAAUACCAGAGCUGAAGCAAAGCGACUGGCCGCUAAGAGGAAGCGCAAGAAGGUUCAAUUAUCACCCCAAGAACGCGCACGCAAGGCGAAAGAAUUGGACGAACUUCUUCGCAAGAGUAGGAUAUUUAGUGAUAUCCUCACUCAGAAAACAAAGGCUCUGGGUCGUGUCGGUCGCGACUUUGAUAACCAAGCAUUGGCAGAUGCUGGCUUAGAAUUGAAGCAACAGCCUAAAAUCAUGAGCGGCGGAACUAUGCGAGAUUACCAACUAGAAGGCCUCACAUGGAUGUAUGAGAUAUGCUUGCAGGGACUAAGUGGCAUCCUAGCUGAUGAAAUGGGACUAGGAAAAACGAUCCAAGUCAUCUCACUUGUUGCCUUACUCAGAGAACAGGAGAGCUAUUUCGGUCCUCACCUAAUAAUAGCCCCGUUAAGUACCUUGUCGAAUUGGCAAGACGAAUUCCAUAAAUGGACUCCGACAAUACCAUUCGUAAUGUAUCAUGGCACUCCACAAGAACGUCAGGAAAUCUUCCGCAACAAGAUUAUGAGAAACUAUCAGAAAGGCCGUCCUUCGCAACGAUUUCCAGUGGUUUGUACUAGCUAUGAAAUGGUUCUCAGAGACCGUGCCAGCCUCUCGAAGAUCGACUGGGCUUUCAUCGUAGUCGAUGAGGGUCACCGAAUGAAAAAUGCCGAUGCGAAACUCUUCAGAGAAUUGCAACAGUUCAAAUCGGCCACUCGACUUCUUAUAACAGGAACGCCUCUCCAGAACAAUCUCAAGGAGCUAUGGUCCCUCCUCCACUUCUUAAUGCCGGAGACUUUUCUUGAUUGGGAAGCAUUCGAAGUAUGGUUUGAUUUCAGCGAUCUACAAGACGAAGAAGGCACCACACAGUUCAUUGAGGACAAAGAGAGCCAAGAUCUCGUUUCCAAGAUCCACAAAGUUUUGCAGCCGUUGCUACUUCGUAGAAUCAAGGCAGAUGUAGCCAACUACCUACCGAAGAAGAGAGAGUAUGUCCUAUAUGCUCCAAUGACUAAAGAACAGACAGACCUUUACAAUGUAAUCGGAGACAAGAAAACCGAUACCAGGACUUACUUGGAAAACAAGGUCGUCGAGCGGUUAACGGAGACUCGUAACAGUCCCAGCUCUAGGAAGUCGAGUCGCCAGUCGUCACGUGCGACUAGCACGAAUGCGAGCCAAGCACCAUCUCCAUCAGCAAAAAAUGCGUUUUCAAUGAUGAUGGGUAAGAAAGGGGUGUCAACUUUGAAAGCAACACCCAAAGACUGUUCUCCUGCGUCUCAGGUUAAAGGGACCGGCAAGAGGAAAGUUCCACCUACGAAUGAGGCUUCGUCUCCAAAGAGUAGCAAAUCGAGCCGACAAUCUACUCCAGCCGGCAGUAUCCGAGGCCGACCACGUAGGACCCGUGCCUCAUACAAGGUGCCAGAUGACUCCGAUGAUGAUAGGCUCGAUGAUGAUGAAUUUGAGGCAAAACUAGCUGCCGAGCUUGCCGCCAAAGACGAUGACUCAGAUGAAGACCUUCGGGAUGAAGAGGAAAUCGAGCGAGCUGCUACACUUGAAAUGGCCAAGCUUCAAAUCGCGGAUAAGAAACUAGGAAACCCCAUCAUGCAGUUAAGGCUUGUGUGUAACAGUCCCCAUAACUUUUACAACCCGUGGACGUUCGACGACAAAGUACCCAUAGAUGAGAGCAUUGUGACAGCGUCUGGAAAGAUGCUUCUUCUAGACAGGCUGCUUCCAGAGCUUUUCGCACGUGGCCAUAAAGUUUUGAUAUUCUCUCAAUUCAAAACCCAAUUAGACAUAUUGCACGACUACUGUGCUGAGCUGCGCGGAUGGAAUGUAUGCCGUAUUGACGGGGGAGUUGCCCAGGAGGACAGAAAGCAGCAAAUCAAGGAAUUCAAUGAAGACCCCGAUUUCAAGAUAUUCUUGCUGUCAACAAGAGCGGGCGGUCAGGGUAUCAAUCUAGCGAGUGCGGAUACGGUGAUCCUGUUUGAUAGCGAUUGGAACCCCCAACAAGAUCUACAGGCCCAAGAUCGCGCUCACCGAAUCGGUCAGACACGCCCUGUUGUCGUCUACCGAUUAGCGACAAAAGGAACCGUCGAGGAAGAGCUUCUCAUGAGCGCCGACGCGAAGCGCAGGCUAGAGAAACUUGUCAUCAAAAAGGGGGGGUUCAGGACGAUGGGCCAAAAACUCGAUAGUAACGAGGUUAUAGACAAGGAUAUUCUCCAAUCCUUGUUGUUAAAGGACGGCGAAGAAUAUCAACACUCCGGAGGAGAUCGGAUUCUGAGCGACGAGGAUAUCGAUGUUCUCUGUGAUCGGAGCGAUGAGGCCUUCGAUCGAGCGGCCAGGGGUGCCGGUAACGCUGCCGGAUUCCAGGUUGUCGAGACUGCUGCAGACGGCAUCACUCAGAUGAAAGGAGAGUAACUGUAUUAUGGACUUGAAAAUGGGUUUGAUUUAGCUCCUGGGCAUGCGUUGGCGUUACCGAUUGCUUGAUCCGAUUAGGCCGAAUGGUUCAUCUAACAGUACCAACGCCAUAUACAUGUACAAUUGCUAAUUAGUAGAACCAU